CUCUCCGCCUCCGCUCAUGUCUAGUGCCGGUCUUUUUCUCUUCUUUCUCCAACCUUUGUUGUUCUAUCUCUCCCCUCCUCUCCUCUCAAGAACGAAAAAAGGAUGGGAGCGUUCCUCCGAUCGGUGGAGACCGCCCUCAGAAGAGGAGGCGCCGCUUCCUCCCAUCUCCCCCGUCGGUUCUUCUCCGUCGAGUCCAGCCCCGAGCGCAAGGUCGCCGUCCUCGGCGCCGCCGGCGGCAUCGGUCAGCCCCUCGCCCUCCUCAUGAAGCUCAACCCCCUCGUUUCCUCCCUUGCACUCUACGAUAUCGCCGGCACACCCGGCGUCGCCGCCGACGUCAGCCACAUCAACACCCGUGCCCAGGUUGCUGGAUUUAUGGGCGAGGAGCAGCUCGGGAAAGCCCUAGAGGGCUCCGAUGUCGUCAUCAUCCCGGCCGGCGUCCCCCGGAAACCGGGCAUGACCCGCGACGAUCUAUUCAAUAUCAAUGCUGGCAUUGUCAAGUCUCUCUGCACUGCCAUAGCCAAGUAUUGCCCUAACGCUCUUGUUAAUAUGAUUAGCAACCCAGUGAAUUCGACGGUGCCGAUUGCGGCCGAGGUGUUCAAGAAGGCGGGGACUUAUGACGAGAAGAAGCUUUUUGGAGUCACCACCCUCGAUGUGGUCAGGGCUAAGACUUUCUAUGCCGGAAAGGCAAAGGUUCCAGUGGAGGAGGUUGAUGUUCCUGUUGUUGGUGGGCAUGCCGGUAUAACCAUUCUGCCUCUAUUUUCCCAGGCUACUCCAGUAAGCAACGCCUUAACUGAUGAGGAUAUCAAGGCUCUGACUAAGAGAACACAAGAUGGAGGGACUGAGGUGGUGGAAGCAAAGGCUGGAAAAGGCUCUGCAACCUUGUCCAUGGCCUAUGCUGGUGCCAUCUUCGCUGAUGCAUGCUUGAAGGGUCUCAAUGGGGCUCCAGAUAUUGUGGAAUGCUCUUUUGUGCAAUCAAGCAUCACUGAACUUCCUUUCUUUGCCUCCAAGGUGCGGCUGGGAAAGAAUGGUGCAGAGGAAGUACUUGGAUUGGGAUCCCUUUCUGAUUACGAGAAGCAAGGCUUAGAGAGUCUCAAGCCUGAGCUCAAAUCGUCCAUAGAGAAGGGGAUUAAGUUCGUCCAGGAGAACUAGUCUAUGUAUACGGGGGUUUAGCUUCUCCUAAGCCCAUCGGUUUUUCAUGUGCCUUAAUGGAAGGUCAUCAUCACAUGUCUAUCUCACCAGUUACUCUGGUGUUUGGUUUGGGUGUCAGAUCAAAGCCAACUAGUAUUUUAGAUUUUGACUAGUCAAUAAGUCAUGCGAAUUGUGCGAAAAAGGAACAAUGAAAUAUUUCAGUUAGGCUCAUGGCCUUCCGUGGGAUCUAAUUAUGUCAGUUAAGUCUUGCAAAUUGAAGAAAGGUGCUAAGGUAUGGGCCCUCGUUCAA